GUUUCCUGCCGGCCGCAGGUCUCGCACCGCAACCAUGGUGGAUGUCAUGGAGUUGCCCAGGUCGCGCGUCAAUGCCAGCAUGCUAGCUCAGUUCAUCGACCGGCCGGUCUGCUUCGUAGGGAGGCUGGAAAAGAUUCAUCCCACUGGAAAAAUGUUUAUUCUUUCAGAUGGAGAAGGCAAAAAUGGAACCACUGAGUUGAUGGAGCCCCUUGAUGAAGAAAUCUCUGGAAUCGUGGAAGUAGUUGGAAGAGUAACGGCCAAGGCAACCAUUAUGUGUGCAUCAUAUGUCCAGUUUAAAGAAGAUAACCAUCCUUUUGAUCUUGGACUAUACAAUGAAGCUGUGAAAAUUACCCAUGAGUUCCCUCAGUUUUUUCCUUUGGGGGUUGUGCAAUAUGAUUGAUCUUGAUGAACACAUUGAAGACUGUCAUAGGAAGCCCCUGAUAUUUGAGGGGGAGACUUCUGUGAUUUUUCAUAUUUAAUUUGUUCUCCUUUUAA